AUGUGUACUUCUAGAAUUAUAGAGGCUAAAUACAUAGAUUAUUGCACUGAAUUCCUCAAUUUGAAGGUUAUUCCAGUUGGUCCACCAGUUCAAGAUUUGAUCACUAAUGACGCGGACAACAAGGAGCUUAUCGAUUGGCUUGGAACAAAAGACGAGAAUUCGACUGUUUAUGUCUCCUUUGGGAGUGAGUAUUUCUUGUCAAAGGAAGAUAUGGAAGAAGUAGCUUUCGCGUUGGAGUUAAGUAAUGUUAAUUUCAUAUGGAUCACAAGAUUUCCAAAAGGUGAAGAGCGAAAUCUUGAAGAUGCGUUGCCGAAAGGUUUUCUUGAAAGAAUUGGAGAAAGGGGAAGAGUUUUGGACAAAUUCACACCACAACCAAGAAUUCUAAAUCAUCCGAGUACCGGAGGAUUUAUAAGUCAUUGUGGUUGGAAUUCAGUAAUGGAAAGUAUAGAUUUCGGGGUUCCUAUAAUUGCCAUGCCUAUGCAUCUUGAACAACCAAUGAAUGCUAGGUUGAUCGUAGAAUUGGGAGUCGCGGUGGAGAUUGUAAGAGAUGAUAAUGGUAAAAUUCACAGAGAAGAAAUCGCGGAAAUUCUUAAAGGUGUCGUAACAGGGGAAACAGGACGAAAAUUGAGGGCUAAAGUGAUUGAAAUCAGCAAUAAUUUGAAAUCUAUAAGAGAUGAAGAGAUGGAUGCUGCUGCUGAAGAGCUAAUUCAACUUUGUAGGAAUAGUAAUAAGAGCAAAUAA